AUGGGACACUUUUCCAAUCUGGCGGCAAGUCUGCAGACUUUCACGCCGCAGGAGCGCCGCAACAUCGCCAUAUACAUUGCGGGGAUUAUGGUGUACAAGUUUGGCCUUGAAGCCUUCAACGGGUCCAUCAUCGCCCUCGCCAGCAACAGAUACGACUAUGAAGCCAUCCACAACGGGACACCUAGCCGGACCUUCGAGCGGGUCGGCCUCCUUACCGGCCUCAACCAGGCCUUCCAAUGCAUUGGGUCAAUCCUUAUCGGGCCACUGGUCAAAAGAUACCCCACCAAGAAUGUACUCUCAUGUGCCAUUCUUAUUUUCGGCCUCUGUUCGGCUCUCUUGCUCAUCAUCGAUGCGGCCACUGGCGGCACCUUCAUGCCGGCGGCUUACCGCACCAACCACCCCGACCAUGAGUGGCCCUACUACGGAACAUACAAUACCGACGUCAUGAUCCCGGUAUACUCCGUGUGCGGCAUCGUGUAUGGCAUGGUCGAGCUCAUCCGAAGAGUCAUCCCGCGCGAUAUCGUUGGGGGGAAUAUUCAGAAGCUCAAGAAGAUGGAUUCCCUUGUCCACAUCUUUUACGAAAUCUCGGGCACUGCCGGCGCCUUCACGACCGGUCUGGCCAUCAUCCCCCAGCUCGGCAACAACAUGGCCUUUAUUAUCACCCCGAUCUGCUUUACCAUUAGCGCCAUCGCCUGGUUCUUCAUCAGCGAGCUCAACUUCCGUCGCGCGAAACCAACGGUCCUACGUGCUCACGAGAAACCAUCGUAUUGGAAAGCGGCCUUUAGCGGCCUCUACCUCUUCGGCGAAUCAAUACUACUAGGCGCCAAAAUCCUCCUAACGUCCCGUAAGUUUAUUUGGCUGGUACCGGGCUACUCGGUCGCUCUCUACGCCCACCGGUACAUCGAGAACGGCAUCGCACCGCAAGUGGCGCGCCGGUACCUCGGAAACUCGGCCUGGGCACAAAUCAUGGUGGGCGGUUCCAAUUUGGGCGAACUCUUUGGUGCUUUCUCGGUGCUGCUGUUUACCGACGCCGUCCAGACGCCCAUGCCUUGGCUGCGGUUGGAUGCUAUAAUGCUGCUGAUCGUUUGGUACAUCCCUUUCUGGUAUCCGCCCGCAGACCAGGUCGGGCAGGCAUGGAUCGUCGCCGCCACGUUCGCCCCGAUCUCGUACGGCUGGGCGUCGGGUGACAUCUCGCUCGCCGCUUACAUCCAGGCUUCAUUAUCGCGCCUCGAGUCGCAGAACAAGAACGUCUCGGCCCUCGGCGCCGUCAUGGCCUUCCUCUACUCCUUCUACAUCGUCACCUACGCCGUCGCGGGCACGCUGCUGGGCCGCUACCUCGACGGCGUCUACAACAGGUCGGGCGGCAUGGAGGGCGGCGGCGUCCACAGCGGGCUGGUGUUUACCGCGGGCGUCCAGAUGUCGGUCAUCUCGCUGCUCGUCUUCGCAGCCACCUUCGUACCCAAGGGGGCCUUCGCCUUUAACCCCAAAAUGAUCUCGGAGGACCCCCUCGAUGACGACCACAUCGAGAUCGAGGAACAACGGCCCGGAGCCGAAUCCCAAGAGGGGCAUCGCCUGGAGAGCGGGUUCAAGAAGCACAGGAGUUAUUGCAGCAGCGAGGAUGGAUCGGAACCCAAAGUGGAAAAGAAGAUCAGCGAAAUAUUGUAG